UGACUUACUUCGCAGCAGCAGCAGUGUAGACGCCCCCAUAAGCGCAGCCGCAGUUCCCAUAUCAUCCGCUUCUACAUCCGCAGCUUCCACAACCGCUACAACAUCAUCCCAGACCAUCACAUCGAUCACCCCCACGGCCGAUACCACAAUAGCUCCCACAGCCACAACCACAACAAUCCCGCCGACUCCCUCUACACCCCAGCUCCUCGCUGGCCAAACCGUCGCCAUCACCGGCGCCGCAACCGGAAUAGGACGUGCAAUCGCCCUCGGAAUGGCGCAACACGGCGCGAACGUAGCCGUAAACUAUCUUGGCCCCUCUCAAUCCGCCGAAAUCGAGUCCCUCGCCACCGCAAUCGACAGCAUUCCGUGCACCUCCCAGCUUCCACGCUUCCUCGCGCGACCCGGCGACAUCUCACUCCGGCAGACGUCGCUAGACUUCAUCGCGGCCGCCGUCGACGCCUUCGGGGAACUAAACGUCUUCGUCUCCAACGCGGGUGUCUGCCAGUUCGCCGACUUCCUCACGCUGCCGGAGGAGCUGUACUCCUCGACGGUGCGCAUAAACCUCGACGGCGCGUUCUAUGCAACCCAGGCCGCCGCAAAACAGAUGGUCGCCCAGGGCAAGGGCGGAAGCAUCAUCGGCAUAUCCUCCAUCUCCGCGCUCGUGGGCGGCGCGGGGCAGACGCACUACACGCCCACCAAGGCGGGCGUGCUUUCGCUCAUGCAGUCCACUGCUACGGCACUGGGGAAGCAUGGCAUUCGCUGUAAUGCGAUCCUUCCGGGUACGAUUCGCACGCAGUUGAAUGAUGAGGACUUGAGCAAUGAUGAAAAGCGGGAGUAUAUGGAGGGGAGGAUCCCGUUAGGACGCACGGGUGUGCCUGAGGAUAUUGUGGGCCCCGCCGUGUUUUUGGCGAGUAGUCUCAGUGGAUACGUCACUGGUGCGCAGAUUUUAGUAGACGGAGGGUUGUUUGUAAAUUUGCAGUAGUGGUCGUGGCGGGUUGGAGUAUCCAUUCUUGGAGAGAUUUUGGGUAUUGGUGUGUGAGGGAUGCCUCAUCUGCGGGCGGAGAACAUCAAUAAAAAGCAAACGCAGUAAACAAAAUAUGAUUUCU